AUGAUCGAACAAGUAAGAGAGGAAGAGAUUAUAACAAGGGAAGAGGGGCAUUGUGGAUGUCUCCCUCACAAAUUCCGCUACAUCCUGCUGAUUGUCACCCUAUUAUGUCUGACCUCUAUCUCGUCCAACAUGUUCACCCUCAACUUUACCCUCAUUUGUAUGGCCCCUACCAGCAACGUUUCGGUAAGUAAUAGAAAUAAGAAUAGACUUUGGCUUCAGCAAGAAAUCUCUCAACUCCAUCAGAAGACUUACAACUACGAUCACACCGAGAAGUCAUGGUUGAUGUGGGCUGUGGCCAUCGGCAGUUUGGUGGGCACAUUCCCCUUCAGUUGGGCCUAUGGUCACUUUGGAGCUCGCUGGGUAUUCUUUGCGGCCGGAAUUCUCUCUGCUCUGGCCACUGGUAUUAUUCCGUUUGCUGCUGAUUGGGGAAUCUGGCCAUUCACAAUUGCUCGUUUCAUCCAGGUAAAUAAAUUUUCAGCAUUUUUGCUCCCUUUUUCGUUUGAGUAAAACGAAUAUUUAAAGGGUGUUGCUUAUGCCGCUGACUUUGCGGCCAUCGGUGUGCUGACAUCCCACUGGGCUUCCCUCAAGCAGCACGCCUUCUUCAUCUCGGUCCUCACUUGCUACUCUCCUUUGUCUUUGACCAUCACCAACCCCAUCGCUGGAUGGUUAUGUAACACAACCUGGUUGGGAUGGCCAGUCGUCUAUUACGGUCACGCCAUCGCUGGAAUUAUUCUUUUUAUCAUCUGGGUAUCCAUCUAUGGAGAUUUCCCUGACAUGCAUCGUCGCGUAUCGAUCGUUGAAUUGGAGAAGAUCCACCGUAACAAGACCAGAUCUCACAUUGAGCCCGGAGGAACCGUCCCUUAUGCAGCCAUCUGCAAAGAUUUCAAUAUCAUUGCUUCAUGGUUGUCCGCCUUCUCGACUCUGUUGUCAGCCAUCUUUAUGCACUUGUACCUUCCCAUCUACAUUCACAGAGUUCUCCACUUCAGCAUUGUCGAGACUGGCCUCUUGGCUGCUAUUCCCACCUUUUCUUACAUCCCUCUGAAGUUGAUCUUCGGUACUUUAAGUGACAAAGUCAAGUAAGUCAACCGGAUACUAGCAGUUUAUUUUCAGGGGGAUUGAUGAGACAACGAAGGUUUGUAUCUUCAACACCAUCGCUUUGGUUGGUCCAGCCCUUUGUUAUAUUUCGCUGGCCUUUGUUCCUCAAAGUCAUCCAUGGUGGGGAUUGGCCCUUCUCAUCUUGAUUCACAUGCUCUAUGCUGCGAGUGGAGGUGGUUUCUACAAGUGUUUGACUCUAGCAUCCCGGUAAGUUUUGAGUAUGGGAUUAUAUAACCUUGUCUAGACAUAUUCUAAAUACUUUGCUUUAGCCAGUACUCUCACUUUGUCAUCGCCACAGUCCAAUUCUUCAAGUGUAUUAGUUUGUUCUUGGCCCCAGCUCUCGUCUGGUUCUUCGUGGACAUUGAGGAAUCGAGAACAGAAUGGAGAACUAUCUUCUUCAUCCUCGCCUUCUUCUUGAUUGUGGUAUGUUUUGUAAUUCUUGGUAAUCAUAUAUGUAAUCGUAUUAUUGUCUGAUUAAUUUGUUUUUAGUCCGCUGCCAUUUUCUGGAAGGCCGCCGACACUCAGCCCGCGCACUUCACGAAGGUGGCCCCCAAGAGAUCCUCAGUGUCCGUGGUACCGCGCAAAGACAGCAGGUACUAA